AUGAAACCUCUGUUGUCUAUUGCUGCUGUCGCCUCAAUUUUGGCUCUGAGUUCUAGACGCCAACGGCGACAUCGAAGUCGGGCCCCAGUAGCUGUGGCUACGGGUGGAGGUGCAUCAAAUCGUUCGAAUGCGGUUCCAUCGUCAGCUCCUCGGGUGGUACGAGCUUCUGCUCCACCUUUACCGACCACACCGGUUCCUGUACCACUUAUCCCGACCGGAUCAGCGCCACCACCUCCUGCUGCAGUACUUGUGGUAGAACCACCGCCACCUUAUACUGCUGCUGCUGACCCCGGUAGCGCUCUCGGUGGUCCGCGACGGGGACAUCGACGGAAUAAGCGACAAACAAGUGCGGAUGCUGCGCCGAAGUCGCGGGGAAAAGGCAAGUGAUU